AUGCGUUCUAAGGAAGGGGAAAAGAAGCGUGCCUACCUUACUUUGGAGGAACUUCGCCAGUUGCCAGAUGAUACCAACACCUACAAGACUGUCGGAAAAGUGUUUAUUCUGGAGCCAAAAUCAGUUCUGUUUAAUGAGCAGGAGCAAAAACUUAAUGAUAGUGAGAGUGCGAUAGCUUCAAUGCAGACAUCCAAAGAAUACCUUGAGAAACAGCUGGGUGAAGUGGAGAACAACAUUAGGGAGCUGCUUCAACAGGAUCCAGGGCUUGCUCGUCAGAUCCUCUCAAUGACCGUUCAAUGA